UCCUGGAGUCCUCUUCUUUUAUGUCAGUCGCGUUUCGAAUGCUGACGUGGUAGGCCGUGCUAGAAACGCAUUUCGUUCCGCUUAUGUUUUUCCGCGUGUGUUUUGUUGUUUUUAUGAACUGUGAAGCUCAAGUGUUUAUAGGAAGAGUUGGAGUUUGUUUUUAAGAAGACUGAUUAGCCGAACCAUGAUGUGCGAUAUAUCGAUUCCCAAUGUUAUCGACCUGGAAGAAGUCGAUAUCAUAGAGACGAGCCGUUAGCUGCAGAAUGAGUGACGUGAGAUAUAUGAAUUGUGGCCACAAGCUACCACUUGGGGCGCUAGUGGUGCUGCUGCUAAUUACAAAUGCAGUUCCAGCUUCUCCUCAGGUGUUCGGUGGAGUCCCCAUCAUCGACGAGAAAGGUGAGUUCGGCAUUUUGAUGUUACCUGACAAGACGUGGGUGUGGGGCCACGGGCAUUUGCCCAACAGUGGUGACACGGCUACCAAUAUUGACGAUUACAAUACUUACGAUGACUACAAUGAUGCGUAUGACGAAUCCAACACAACUGACUCUGAAGAUCUUGGAACCGCGACCACACUGCCACCUGACAAAGCAGGGUCGUUACGAUUCCUAAAGAUAUUUGGCAACAUCACCAAAGAAGCUGGAGAAUCAGUGAAGUUGAAAUGUGAAGUUACUGGAGAUCCACCACCAACAAAAAUCCGAUGGUUCAAGAAUGAAGCUCCCGUUAUCGAAGAGAAAGGCCGUAUUGUAUUAAGGCGAUAUAAUUCACAGAGUCAUCAGGGCCAGAAUGUCUUGGGUUCACGCCUUAGGAUUGCACAUCUAGAUACACACGAUACAGGGUACUACAAAUGUGAAGCUAGUAAUGGAGUACACAAGAUGGAUUCUACAGGAAUCCUGUUAGUUAAGAUGAAUCGCUGGGGACGGAUCAAUGCUCCUGCUGAUAUUCCUAAUUUCUCACCAGUUUUCCCCAAUUUCCCAGGAUUAUUAGAUGGGGUUGGUAAUGCUGAUGUGAAUUUGGGUGGUUCAGUCCCUCAUGGUAAUAAUGGUUUAGGUCCCAUACUGUCGCCUCCUUCAGGACCCCACACUUUCCAGCCGGGGCAUGGUUUACAACCUGGAACAGGUUAUGGCAGUUCAACAGACCCUGUUGUCUCAUCAGGCACAGAUAAUGCUGAUGUGUUACAGAAGGAAGGACUUUGCCAGGUGUACCGAGGUACGAAGUGCUUCGGUUUUGUUGGCAACAGAACGAUCUUUGUACCUCCGAGGAUGACACAGAAAUUACUUGAAGAAAAGCUCGCUGCUGCGUUCAUGGUCAUCGCCCAUUCCACGGAUCUUUCUCCGAGUUGUGAUUCCUUUGCUGUGCCAUCCUUGUGCUACUCAACUUUCGCACUUUGCCGUGAAGAGGACGUUGAUCCGUCUGGUUCGUCGGAACACUGGAGCAAAGUAGCGUCGAGAGAGCCUCGUAGGAUCUGUCGAGACGAUUGCGAGAUCUUGGAGAAUGAAAUGUGCCGUAUGGAGUACGCUAUUGCAAAGAGGCACCCCUUAAUUGGUCAACAGUUGGCGCUACCUGAGUGUGGGGAUCUUCCUGCGAUUGGCUCUCCUGACAGUGAGAAUUGCCUCAAACUUGGGAUUCCAAGGCCUGAGAAUGUUGAGCCAGACGAGUUGUGUUACACUGGAAUGGGCCAGUCGUACAGAGGAAUGGCACACAUGACGCACUCUCGCAAUAAAUGCAUGCCGUGGAGUCACCAGUUCUACGUCAAGACUUCGGACUAUCCGGAGCUUGCAGGGGGUCACAGCUUCUGCCGAAAUCCGGGAGAAAUGGAAGACGAGCCUUGGUGUUAUACGGAGUAUAACCAGAGGGAGAAAUGUGAUGUUCCGAAAUGUGUGGACAGCCUCUGGCUCUACGUCACUGUGUCCUCUGCUGUCCUGGUGUUCCUCCUCAUUGUUCUAAUCGCCUAUUGGUGUUGCUACAAAGCGCCUGGUAAUAAGGUAUCUGCGUUGAAAUCAUCGCGUGUAUCGUCUCCAUCCAAAGGAAGCAGCAAGAACUCCCCGUUCUCGGGUGGAAACAGCCAGUUGAUGGAGAUGAAUUCAUUGCUCCCUGGUAGUGGGAACGCUUCUGGCAAGGGGGAGCGUGCAAGUGCUGGUGCUGUUCGAGCAAGAGAGUUCCAGCUGUCGAGUGUCAGGUUUAUUCAGGAAUUGGGAGAAGGGGCUUUUGGUAAAGUGUAUAAAGGCGAAGUGAACGCAGGUGUGGCUGGUGAAGUGCCACUGUUGGUAGCCAUCAAGGCUCUCAAGGAAAACGCCACUCCUAAGACCCAGGCUGAUUUCCGACGGGAAGUAGAACUUAUGACUGAUCUGCAUCAUCCGAACAUUGUCUGUCUCCUGGGUGUAGUCAUGAAAGGGGAACCUCUCUGUAUGCUGUUUGAGUACAUGACACAGGGUGACCUCCACGAGUUUCUCAUCUGCCAUUCUCCUCGUUCAGAUGUUUCUGCUUGUAGUGAUGAUGGCAAUGUUCAUGUUCUUGAGCAGCCUGAAUUUCUUCACAUUUCCAUGCAAAUUUCUGCAGGAAUGGAGUAUCUAUCAAGUCAUCACUAUGUGCAUAGAGACCUUGCAGCCAGAAACUGCUUAGUGGGCGAUAAUCUUACAGUUAAGAUAUCAGACUUUGGACUUUCCAGAGACGUGUAUUCAUCAGAUUAUUACAGGGUUCAGUCCAAAUCAUUGCUGCCUGUGAGGUGGAUGCCUCCUGAAUCCAUCCUUUACGGCAAAUUUACGACCGAGUCAGAUGUAUGGAGCUAUGGAGUUGUACUGUGGGAGAUCUACAGUUACGGUUUGCAGCCUUAUUAUGGUUAUAGCAACCAGGAAGUGAUAGACAUGAUUCGGUCAAGGCAGCUUUUACCUUGCCCUGAAGACUGCCCGUCUAGGUUAUACACACUGAUGAUAGAAUGUUGGCAUGAGGUCCCCAGCAGAAGACCUCUGUUCCCGGAGAUUAACGCGAGGCUGAGGUCAUGGUGGCCCACCUCACCAAAUACUUGUGGUAUCCUUGGCAACUAUCACCCAGCAGGCUCACCAGAUGUGUCAUCCUCCAACUGGACUCCUCCAGUUGCAGCACCAGCAAGCAGCUACAGUGGCGGAUCACAGAAAUCCAGCACCGGUCCCAGUAACAAGACUGGAUCUACUCAACUAUCUGUCAAUAUUUCCACCCCACAGAACUUACCACCUCAAAACUCUGUCAAACCUCCUUUCAACUCUGCACUAACUCAGCCACACAGUCAACCAAGUACACCAUCACAUAUCCAUCCAUAUGGUUCAAACUUCAGAGGGCCAUCGUCGUCUUCGACACCGAGUCACCAGUCCCCGGGAUCGGCGACACAAUCACCCAGCCAGUCUAACACGCCAUCACAUAUCCAGCAAGGAAAUGGUUCGGGGAAUACUUCGCUCUAUCAGCAAAGCCCUGUAACGUCCCAAACAAAUCAACACCCAAACCCAAAUUCAGUGUUAUUAUAUCAGUCAGGAAAAGGACAGACUUCAAAUUUGAAUCAAGCCCAACCUUUAACACAAACAAGUGAGCAAACAAUGUCCAGUCCCCCUGGAUCUAGUGUGGCUUAUAAUAUGCCCUUAUUUUCCGCAGAGUCCUCAGGAGGAAAACAAAAGGCAGCGCAGCUGCAAGGGACUCCAAAAUCAAGUGCAGGUCAGGCAGUUUUGAAAAGUUUUGGCAAAUCUGUAGGAAAUAGUGCUGGUAAUGGUGGACCAAACGGAAGGCAGCAAGCAGGAAGUGCGCAGCUAAUUGUCAGGUUACCACCCCCUUAUAAUAAGAAUGGAAGUGGUAAUGUUGAGACCAGAAUUUCCAAUAUUUGAAGUGAAUAACCAAAGUAAAAGACACUGAUAAAACACCAGAAUAAACCAAAGGGCUUGUUAAACAAGUGUUUGUUCUCAGUAAGAUAAUUUUAUAUCCAUUCCUCUUUAUUCAGUUCAGAAGAUGAAAUUUUGCAUUCAUUUUACAGUCCAUGAUUACCCUGUAUUUGAUCAGACAUUGAUAGAGAUCACAGUAUGCUGGGAAAUUUUGUAUAUAAUUUUUUUGUAUGCUGUAUCGUAGAGAAAGACCAUGACAACUUGUAUUUACAGAGUGGUGAGGCUACAUUUUAUUUUCACUUGAACAUACUCAUUACAUUUAAGAGCUGGCUAGACUCUCAUAAUAAAUCUUUUUAUUCACAUAUGGUGUACAGAGAUGUAUGAAUUAUGUACAUGUUUUCUGCAGUGCCAGCGAAUGUUGUUGUUCAGAAUAAUAAUAUUAACUGUAAAAUUUUGUGAGGACCAUCUAGUCUAGUACUAAUGCUGUUUAAGUCCAAACGCCACACUUUGAAAGUCUGGAUAAAGAUCUUGUUUUUAAACAUGAGAGGUGAGGUGUUGGUUUUGUUCUGGCCGUGUUGCUUUCUCGUUAGCAAUUGAACGAAGGCGGAACCACUCUGAAUACGAAGGCAUCAACAUCCGGACGUUAGCUACUUUAAACAUUGUAUAAACUGAAAUGGCCAACCUUGGAUUUUUUAUAUUGCUUUUCAUCAUGUCUGUGAGGUAGGCUAAUACAACACGAUAUUUCAGGUUCUCAAGGUGGUGAGUGUGAAGAUGGCUGUUUUCCGAGUAGUUGCAUCGUGUAGUCUGGACUAUCACCCUAAUGGUGGAGUUAGAGCAAGUGCCUCUGAAAUGUCAGUAAACUUCUGUCAGAUUACAAACCACAACUUCCGAGAAGACAGUCAUCUUCAUUGUUUGUCUGUAUGAGGCCAGGCUCGUGGCAGAACCUUUAACUUUUAUUCUGAACAGGACACCAGAAGGAAGAAGAUUGUAAAAUGAAAAUGUUACUUCAGAAAAAGAAGUGUAUUCUCUUAAUAUUUCAGAAACUACGAAGUUUUGCGAAAUAAAAUGGAUGUAAUUAUUACUGAGAUGCUAUACAUCUUGCCACAGACAUACAGAUUUGUUAUUCUAAUGGGAAACUCUUGUGCCAAGUUUACGCAUCUGUAGCUUUCGAAUUGCCGGUGUUCGUAUGAAGGUAGCAGAAAUUUUAUAAUGUUAAAAACGUACCUGUAAUGACAUCUUACGUAACUUGUUACUGAAAGUUUAUGUUAAGCAGCAAUUCUUUAGCUUGUAUUAAACAAAACUGAAGCAUCUAGAUUUAUUUCAAGUUUGUGUGAUUUUGUAUGUUCUUAUCUGAAAUUUGCUUAGCUACUAUUGAGUCUUUUAAAGUUUGCAGUAUGAAUUUGUUUUCAGGAGUGCAUUUAGUUCUGCAGAAGGGAAAACACAACUAAAAGAAAGUCUUACCAGUGUAAUACAGUUUAUAAGAAGACAAGACUGUAAUAUUGUUAUGUGCGUGGCAAAGUAUGAAAUGAAUAUUAUGAAAGUUUUUAUUCGAAUUGCAAGUAAACGAUGGGGUUUGUAGUAGGGGCAGCAAAAGAUGUUACUAUGUGAAGUGUCCUACACCAUGUUCAUGUACGUGCCAGGAUGGUACCUUAAAUAAGGCCACGACCACUUCCUUCCACAUCCUUUCCAAUUCAUUUAUUCACUAAUCUGUUAUUUAAUGCCGUGCAAUCUGACACAAGGGACACAACGAAAAUUUUCAGCCAAGAAGUAUCAAACCGAAGUCUGUAGGAUGUAAGACUUCAGUCUUACCUCAUCAAGUCAGCUGUAAAUCCAACAAGUAACAUAGUACAUUAUACGUAAAGUGGGACCAGUUUACAUGCUCCAAAAUUUAGGAUUUAUUUACUAAUAUCACAGGAUCAGGAAGUUAUCUGCUUGUACACAUUUAUUAAGUCUCUACAGCUGAACGCUUAUCCUUUCAUCGUAA